GCUUUCUGAGCUACAGACGGAGUUGGAGAUCUAAGUGGACUGUUAAUCGACUUGAUAAAGAUCGUCUACACCGACAUUGGGGAUUGUUACGUUCAACGGCGGAGUCUGCAACGAAUUAUUUGGUUGUUGCACUCGCAUGUUCUUUUACCUUGGAUUUAAUCGCUGCAAUAUGACUUUGGAGGAUACUACUGGAACUGACAAUACCAAUAAGAAGAUGCAAACAAUUGACCAAGCUUUAGAAGAAUUGUUGGUGGCAUCCCAGCGCCAGGGUUGUUUAACCGUUGGAGUCUAUGAGUCGGCGAAACUAAUGAAUGUUGACCCAGAUAGUGUCGUUCUUUGCCUCUUGGCGGCUGACGAGGACGAGGAGAGUGACAUCGCUCUGCAGAUUCACUUCACUCUGAUUCAAGCAUUUUGCUGUGAAAACGACAUUAACAUUGUGCGGCUGCGGGGUGUCAAGCGGCUGGAGGAGAUUCUGGAAGCCGGGGAAGAGAGUGCUGAGCCCCUGGACGUUCACUGCAUGCUUGUCACGAACUCUCACACCGACGUUUGGAAAUGUGAGGCGCUGGAGGAAGUCGGAAGCUAUUGCCAGGAAAGCAGAAAUAAGAACCAGUGGGUUCCUAUUGUUUCCCUGCAGGAACGCUGACAAGGUCUCGGUGAAUUUUAAAAAAGCUGCAAAAUUUGCAAUCUUUUAAAUAGAUGUAUGCCGUUUUUAACAAGAGGGACGUGGAUGAGAAAAAUCUUGGUUUGCGAAGGCAGUGUUUUUUUAAAAGAUGCAAGGAAUCGGCAUAGCUGGCGGGACUUGGCUGUUUUCGAGACGGCAAGUGGAUUGCAACGGCUCCCGGAGCCGAGAGGGAGCAGAAGAGGCGAAGUUGCGAUGAGAAGGCAGAUUUGGAAAUGGAAGCGGGGUUUGGAACCAGGACAUUCUGUAUAUGUAUAUAUAUUUUUUUAAAAAGACUGGACUGAAAUGCAGAGAGGGAUAUUGGUAUACCAAGGACUGUGACGUGGUGGUUUAUUAUAUAACGAUUGACGGUCUCGCCCAAUCGCACUGGAGUUUCUCAUUGUGGAGAAUUGAAAGGAAACCAUGCGGAGCUGCACUGAGGAUUUUGGGGGCCGUUUUUAUUUCUAAA